AGGCCCAACUUUGACAAAUCGCAACGCCAGCUCUCACGCGGCGGCUGCCAUAUUCGCCGUCUACGUGACAGGUCGAGGAGAAUAAAAGCUCCUCUCCUGCCUCCUCUCCAGCCGGCCAAAGAAACGAGGCCACCAACAACGCAAUGAGCCUUCCCUGCAACCUCCACGUCUACAUCACGGUCGAAGCAGUAACCCUCAUCGGACUCACCUUGGUUGCCGUAACUUCGCUCCUCCUCAGACUCAACAUGGCGCACAAGAAGAAGAAGAGCGGUGUCGCUGCCAAGCCGCCGCCUCUGCCUGCGGCUCCGAAGGCAGCCGUCGAGCACAAGGUGGCCGAUGCCCCAGGGCCUGUGACAAUCCAAGAAGAGCCGGCCGCUCCCGCCGUAGCUCCUCUGCCCGUGAUGGAGGAAAUCGAUACUCGCCCAGAGACAUCUCCCUAUGCGAGCCCCCCUUGCACCAUUCCCUUUGCGAGCCCCCUUACCGUUCCGCUCGACUUCCUCCAGAAGAGCCCCAGACUUCAGGCAGCCUAUGAGAACCGGUUACCCGAGCUGCCCGAUAUCCCCGAGGACAUCGGCCAUGUGCUCGUGCACUACCUGCACACGGGCACCUACGAGUCUCUCAAGCCCAAGGAGACCGAGUCGCCUGCCAAGGAGAUCUACGAGUUCAGCACGAGCAUACGCGCCUAUGCCACGGCCCGAACCUACGACCUCCCUGAUCUGAUGCGGCUCGCCCAAAUCAGGAUCGAAAAUUUCGGCGACGGCCUGACCCUGCCGGCUCUGCUGGAAAUCACCCGGGACGCGCACCCGACCCUGUCAGAAGCUGACGACUGGUUCCUCGACUACCUAAAGUCCCGCAUCCGGCCCCACCUCGAGGACCCCAAGGCGCUGCUGGGAUCUGAUCUGCUCGACCGCAUCAGCAGCAUCCUGUCGCCAAACAGAGUCCUUCUCAGGACCGUCCUCGAGAUGUUCUGCGAGAGGCUUUUCAUUCGGCCCGAUCUUGCUAGCUCCCUGAUGAGCCCGGGCAGCUCCAGACCCAACUCGCCUCCACCCCAUGCUGCCUCACCUGUGUCGGUGCUGCAAAUGAGGUCGAGAACGAUCCUGCGAGAGGAGUUCCCGCCAAUGCGCAAGAAGGCCACACCGUGGCCGUCGCCCGAGGAGACAUCUCUCGCCUCGUGGUCCAAGGAAGCCUCGCCAGAGCCGAUCCUGCAUGACUUGGUGAUGCGGGAGUUGGAUCUCAAGUCGGAGCCCGAGAUCAAGCCGGAGCCAGAACACGCGUUUGAGAUUAUCCACGAGCCCGUUCUGGCCCCCGAGCCCGAGCCUGAGCCCGAGCCCGAGCCCGCCCUUAGCAUCGCCAUCGUCCCCGAAGCACACCACGAUGUGGCGGCCAUGUUGGGCUCCAAGAGAGCGAGGUCGAGGAGAGAGAGAAAAGAUUCGGCCAAGGUGAUCGACUUGGAGCACGCUCUCGAGGCAACACCCGUUCCCGAGGAGCUCGAGCCGAUCGACGAGCCCGAGUUCGAUGCUAAGCCGCGAUACGAGCGGAACCUCUUGCGAGAAGUUGAUUCUGGCUUCUGGGACUUUUCACCUCCCGAGGCCGAGAGUGUCAAGGAACAUGCUCCCUCAAUAAUUGAGCUGGAGCCCGAGGUGGCUGCCGUGCUAGAGUCGAUCGAGCUUCCCGCCGAGGCCUUCCACAAUUUGGAGCCUAUCCCCGAGCCUAGAGAGGGCGAGGGCAUUGACGAGCGCGAUUUUGCCGCGGUCGAGCCUGGUGACAUCCAUGACAAGGGCAAGGGCGUCCAAACAGAGACGGAGGCCUCCAAGGAGCCAGAAAUCGUUCCAGCUCCCGAGGCGGCCAACGACGAAGUUGUCCCCGAGGCGAUUCACGAACUACUGCCCGAGGUGAUUCACGAACUACUGCCCGAGCCGCUGCGGAUCCCAGAGGCAAAGACCGACGACCUAGCCGAGGAGGCGCUAGAGAGGACCCCCGAAAAAGUCCGAGACGAGACGGAUGAGGCCGAGGCUAAGCCGGAGACAGAGAAGGCACCGCAGGCGCCCGUCGAGCCCGAAACGGCGGACGGCGAGCCCCAGCCCGCGGCGGAGAUACCGGCGCAGUCCGACGCGGCACUUCAUGACAAUCUUGAGCCCGCUGAGCCCGCUCAGCCCGCGAAGACUGAGCCCAGCGUCGAGCCGCGACAGGAGCCCGCUCGGGAGCCCCAAACUGCGGGGACUGGGGCCGGGUCUGACGAUGACGCCGCCGCCGAGCCCGCCCUUGCCGUCGCGAAUUCUGAUGCCGAGCCAGCGCCGAAGCCUGCGGAGCCCAGAGCCGAGCAGCAAGACGUGGUCCAGACCUGCGGGCCCCAGAUCCGGCAGAAAAGCUGGCGCAAGCGCCUCAUGAGAUACCCCGUCCUCUUUGGCCGGGGCAUGUGACUCGCUCCGCCGCCGCCGCCGCCGCUGCCACCCAGACCAAGCGGCCUACCGCAGCAUCUAAUGCUGCUCCCGCCGCCAACGGCAGGAACCGCGCCCUUGGUCCCACCCAGAGAGGAGGUAAGCGGCGACGGCAGUGGCGCGCUCCAGGUUGUCAGGAGUGAGACAACACCGUCGUCAUCAUCGACAUCAACCCCAUCUCCAACACCACCCAUUCAAAUGCAAGAACCUUGUAAAUUUCCCUUUGUUGUCACGACUCACGAACCGUCUACUUCUAUUUCGACCCCCACCACCACCGUCACUGUCGUCCCGCCGGGUGUGGUCGGGCUGGGCUUCGCCUUUGCGCUGUACACGUCGUCGUGCUCGGACGCGUGUUGCGACGGCAUCGG